AUGUCCAUCUUCCAGGAUGCUGACUUCGCUGGAGAACCUGGAGAACUUGAUGCCCGCGAAGAUCCUGCAUUGGACAAUGGGGACGAUGAUGACCAGGAGGAUGGGGAGGAAGAGUGUGAUGGUGAAAAUGAUGAUGAAAUCGAACCAAUUGAGAAUGGACCAGAGUCUUUCCCUGACACUGAGAUUGAUGGUGAAGCUUCGGAGGUGGAUGGCGAUGAUGAGGUUGAGAUGUCUGAUCUUGACCCCUACCGAAACCAGCCGGACAACCAAUUGGGCUUAGAUGAUUACCAGUCCCCCCGAUCAGUGAGUGAAGAACAUGCUCCUACACCUGCUCAUGAUGAGAGGGAGGUCGCAGAGGCUACCCCAGCUUUGCGGAAAGCUGUGCAUCUCAAACCGGAAGACUUGCCAUCAUCAUCUUCAACAAAGUCAUCCCCAGGUGCAGAUGACUCUGUCGCGCGCGUCAAUGCAGAGAUGGACGCCAUCAUUGCUGAAAUCAAGCGGGAGGAAAGCCGCCGACACCACAAAGCUGUAGCAGACGAAGGAGUGAUGGUGGUUGACGAUUCCCAGCCUGUGAGUGGUGACAUUGAUGUCUGCGAUACCCUGCCCUUGUUUCUGGAAGAUUGGGGUAUCCAUGAAGAAUGCCUACCUGCAGAACCGAAGCCUGAUGCUGCACCUUUGGUCUUCACAUCCGGGCCAGUUGAUGUCCCAGAUACCCCAAGCAUUGCCAAUUCUCCUGCACAUGGCAGUGUGCUGACUCGCCGUGACCAGCUCAAGGUUCGAAAGCCCAAGGGCAAGAAAGGCGACAAGGGUGACGGGGAGAAUGAGUGUGAGGAUGGAGAAGAUGAGGGUGAUGUAGAGGGUGAAGAUGAGGCAUCAAAACAGGGAUCCAGAAAAAGGGCUAAGAAAGCAAAUGGCAAAGGGAAGGAGCCUCAGAAGAAGGCCAAAGGGAAGGGGAGAGGAAAGGGCAAGACAGGUAAAAAGGCUAAGGAAAGUGAUGAGGCUGGGGAUGGAAAGACAGCUCCAAAAAGAACACGAAAGUCCAAGGAAGCUCAUGAUGAUGAUGCUGUUGACACUGUUGCCAAGGGUGACGCACCUCCCAAGCCAAAGGCAUCGACCUCCAAGCCUACCUCGAAGGCUAAGGCAUCUCCCAAGUCUAAGUCUAAGGCAUCUCCCAAGCCUAAGUCUAAGGCGUCGAGAACAAAGUCAUCCAGGUCAGCAAGCUCUGCUCCCAGCCCCAGAGGUCCUGCUGCACGUGAGGAGCUUGAUCAAUCUCACGCUGAUGCACCUGAGAGUGCGGAGCCGGUGAAAAAGCCCCAGAAACGUGGGCCACGAAGGGUGGCAACUCCCCAGUCCCGUGCUCCUGAUGCCCCCACGACUGAUGAGUCCAUGGUUGAGUUGAAAAAAUCCUUCAAGGGUGAGAUCAUUCAUCAGUGGAAGUCCGGGAAAACACGUUUGACCGGUGGUGAUUUCCCAGUCCGCAGUUUCGAGCACACCACGCUCUCAUGCUACUUUACCAGGUCCAGACCAUCCAUUGGUUUGAGGGCCAAAAAGAAGCAGUACCCAAUGCGUACCAACCUUGAAUACUUCAAUUUUUCCUUCAACAUCAAGGAUGUUUGCAAUGUUGGCUUGGCCAUGAAGUGUGCAGUCGAAGCUGAGUGGAUUGAUGAUCAAGCGUCACAGGAUGAGAACUUUGAUGCCUUUGCUCAGUCUACGUUUGAUGGCCUGGAUCUGUUUCGCCAAACGGCCAUGGCAGCAAUUGCCGAGUACAAAGCUGAGACCGGCGACUUCAUCUUGGCUGUUCUCCUGACGGCGUAUAUCUCGCAUUCCCAUAUUCAAGAGGACCUGCAAUUCAUAGAGUUCUACGCAGGGAAAGCUAGGGCUACGCUGUGUAUGAAAUCGGCUGGUCUGCGUGCUGCCCGCCUUGACUACAUGUACUAUGGGGAAGACGGCAACAACUACUACAACAUCUUGUCAGAUGGAGGGAUGGCGUUGGCCAUAUCGACUAUGCUCAGAGCGCGAGCUGGAGACUGCUGCAUACUACUUGGUAUGAAGUGCUCCUCUUGGUCCGUGGUGAAUCGAGGGACCAGUAAACGUGCCCCAUGCUGCCCAGCUGGAGAUUUAUCUCAGCCCAGUGUCCGGGAAGCCAAUUGUAUGGCUGCACGGACAAUAUUGCUAUGCCUACUUGCUUUGGCGACGAAUUGUGUGUACAUGCUGGAGCAGCCCUAUCAAACAAUGCUUCGAUGGUACCCGAGAUUCCGACACAUCAUGAAUGUCAGCCGAGUUUACCAAGCGGCCUGGUGGAUGUUGCACUACGGCUCAUCAAGCCCUAAAAGGCAUGUGAUAUUUUCCAACUCCCCCCACAUCUCAAAGCUCUCGCUUGGGAGUCUACGGGGGUGGAAAUCUGAGAACAACAAGGGAAAGAAACCAUGCCGCAGCUACAUCGGGAAGGAUGGAAAAAGGAAGUUUCAUGGGACCCGCCACCUCAAAAGGACUGAGAAACCUGCCUUAAGGUGGAAGUUGGGGCUAUGGGAUAUUACUAUGGUAUACCCUUUGAAGUUGAUCUGUUCCUUUAUGGGGUGA